GACUGCAGAAGAAGACGUCUUAUCCACUGCGCAGGCGUGCCACAUUCAAUAUGUCUGCACUGUUCGACAAGGUGGAUAUAGAGCAAUAUUUUAUAACAACUGUUAGCAAUCAAUUGUUAGGUAGUCUUUAGAUAUGUUGUAGCGGAACCGCGUUUUGUUAUAUACACACUGAUGUUACUGAUAAUAGGCAAAACCUAACUGAGGGACUGAUCGUUUGUUAUUUGACUUCACGAUCACAUCUAAUAUUAGCUGGUAUUCGGCAUCCGCAGAAAUAAGGUACAUCACGCCUUGUGAUUGUGUAAACCUGUUAGCAAAAUUUGAAAUUUAAUUAAUCUAAAGUACUAUUGACGUAUUACAUGCCCGCCGAAUUUAAGAAUACCCUACUUGGACACAGGAAACCUUUAAUAUUGCUACUGUAAUGAGCAUAUUUAUUUGUUAUAAUUAUAAUUAUAUAAAAUUAAAACAUUCUUGAAUGAAGUUUGGCAGAAUGUUCCUUCCGGACUAGAGAAGACCAUGUGUUAAAGCUAGUUAAUGUUGAAAAUUGUGUGCUCUGCCACAGAGUCUCUGCCAAUUAAAUCUAUGCAAACAAUGGCUUAUAGACGAGCUACAAACAUUCUUUCAAGAGGAAAGGAGUGUGUCUGCAGUCUGUGGAUAUCUCGUUUCCAAAAAUCACCAAAUGUCACAAUCCAAAGCAUUCGAUUUCAUACUUACAGUGAUAGAAAUACAAGAACUCUUCAUACUAGUACACCAUUUAUGGUGGCCAAGUUACAGUCAGUGGAUGAGCUGUUUGCCAGGAGGUCUCUGCAGGAAUACCUGAAGAAGAUGGAGACAGAGUACAGUGAAUGUUUGAGAGAAGACAACAGCAGUGCGACAGAGGAGCAGUGCAGUGAGGACAAGCUGAGGACCAAGAGGACCAAAGUGUCUCUGCUGGCUCCUCUCAUACACACCAUCAGAGAGCUGGAAAAAAAACAAAAGGAGAUUGCUGAGACUGAGAUGCUCCUGAAAGAUGAAGACCCAGCCUUGCGUGAACUGGCGGAGCUGGAGAGAGAAGGUUGUUUGCAAGAUAUUCAACAUCUCAGACAAAAGAUCCUGGAUCUGUUGAUCCCUGAGGAGGAAGCAGAUCUGAGCAACCUCGUCCUGGAGGUCACAGCCGGCAUUGGCGGUCAGGAGGCAAUGCUCUUCACUGCUGAGGUGUUUGACAUGUACCAGGGCUUCGCUCAGCACCAUGGCUGGUCCUUCGACAUCCUGGAGCACAUGACCAGCGAGCUAGGUGGACUACGUCAUGCCUCGGCCAGCAUCAGCGGCCCAGAAAGCUACAAAAGGAUGAAGUUCGAGUCUGGAGUCCAUCGAGUGCAGAGGGUCCCCAAGACUGAAAAACAGGGCCGAAUACACACUAGCACCAUCACUGUGGUUGUACUGCCCCAACCCACUGAGAUUUCUUUCAUGAUAAACCCAAAGGACCUGAGAAUAGAAACUACGAGGGCCAGUGGAGCUGGAGGCCAACAUGUCAACACAACAGACAGUGCAGUCCGAAUAGUCCAUCUGCCUACAGGCGUGGUUGCAGAGUGCCAGCAGGAAAGAUCCCAGUUGAUGAACAGGGAGAAAGCUAUGAGGACUCUCAGAGCAAAACUGUACAGCAUGAAGCAGGAGGAGGAGACCAGCAAACGCUACAACCAACGUAAAAUACAGAUUGGCACUAAAGCCAGAUCAGAGAAGAUUCGAACCUACAACUUCGCCCAGGACCGUAUAACAGACCACCGGAUUGGCAUGACGGUGCAUGACGUCAGGCACUUUCUGCUGGGAGAGGAUCUGCUGGAUCAGGUGAACUCCGCUCUGCAGGAGUUCUCACAUCAGGAGAUGCUCAUGGAGCUGCUGGGAGAGAACAGCCAGGAGGAUUCCUAAGUUUGGCUCUGAGAAACUUCUUGCU